GCGAGGCCCUGCCCGCGACCCCGUCACGGCGCGGCACCGCCCCGCUCCGCAGCCGCCCGCCGCCAUUUGAGAGCGGGGCGGGCGGCAGGACAGUGUCUGCUGCUGUCGGGCGCUGCUGGAGCCGCUGGUCAUGAAAAUGAGUUGCACAAUUGAGAAAGCCUUAGCAGAUGCAAAAGCACUGGUGGAACGGCUAAGGGAACAUGACAAUGCCGCAGAAGCUCUUAUUGAACAGACUACAGCUCUUAACAAGAGGGUUGAAGCAAUGAAACAGUACCAAGAAGAAAUUCAGGAGCUCAAUGAAGUAGCAAGACAUCGUCCUCGGUCUACAUUAGUGAUGGGUAUCCAACAAGAAAACAGACAGAUUAGGGAACUGCAACAGGAGAAUAAAGAACUACGCACAUCUCUUGAAGAACAUCAAUCUGCUUUGGAACUCAUAAUGAGCAAAUACAGAGAACAGAUGUUUAGGUUGCUUAUGGCAAGUAAAAAAGACGAUCCAAGUAUAAUAAUGAAGUUAAAAGAGCAACAUUCCAAGGAAUUACAAGUGCAUGUGGACCAAAUUACAGAAAUGGCAGCAGUAAUGAGAAAAGCCAUUGAAAUUGAUGAAAAGCAUGGCUGUAAAGAGCAGGAACGUAUCAUUCAGCUUGAACAAGAAAACAAAGGCUUGAGAGAAAUUCUUCAGAUAACUAGAGAAUCAUUCCUGAACCUCAAGAAAGAAGAUGCCUCAGAGAGUACAUCUCUUUCAGGAUUAGUAACAAGCAGUGACUUGAGCCUGAGGAAAAGCUAAAGACUAUGGAAGUCAACAAGCUUUAAUUGCACACUAUAAAUGGAAUAUCAGGGGUCACUUGUCAAGCACUUGUUACUGAAUAGGGCACCAGCAAGCUAAUGCAUCUUGAACUUCAGUUUAGUGGCUUUUUUUACCAUGUGAAAUACAUUCAGAGGGGUAUUCUAUAAAAACCUUAAUGACAGAUUAAUUGCCAUAGAUCUGACUUCAGUAGGAAAUGGAUUAAUGCACUUACCAAAUUAGGAAUUAUUUUUAUAUGAAGUUAUUUUGCAAAUAAAAGACUGAUUUCACAUAACUUAAAUUACAAAACUUCAAUGCAACUAUACUAUACAAUAAAGACAAAACUUAAAGUCUCAUCACAGCAUAACUAUGUUUUGUGCACAAUCCAUAUCAUGUUUUUUCCUUUCAAACUUUCUGAAAUUUGGAAUUUUGCAACAAGCCUAUUUAGUGGAAAGGGUGAAUAGGCACCAUCAUUUCUGUUACACUUUAACAGGAUAGCCUGUGGCUAAAUAAGGCCAGUUAUUUAAACAUAAGCAAUGCUUUUGCCGUUGCUCAGUAUUAUUUCUUAAAUAAUAAAAAAAAAAAGAUUUAAGAUAUGCAUACUUAAUUCUAUUUUCAAAAUAUGAAAAGAACUGUUCUUACUUUUUUGCUUUCUGGAACACAAGCAGUAUAAUUCUGGCUUAACUAUUCACUUUAUGAGGAAAAAAAAAAAAACAAGCUCAGUUCUAUAUAUGUAGGAAGAGAAGUCCCAUCUACUUCUUGGAUUGCUAUUUCCCAGUUUGGGCAGGCAAUCUGAAAGCACCCAAGCCAUACCAGAACAAGGAUAGUUAGAGGAAGGCAGCAGGACUGUGGCAGACUAUGGCAGACUAGGCAGUCUGCAAUCAACAGUAACUGCUCCCACCCACCUUUUUUCCUAAGGACUAAGUAUUCAAGAUCUGUUUUCACUGGGAACUUUCAAUGUAUUACACGUUGGCAAAUAGACUUCUCACUUUUAAUCCUAAAAUGUUAUUAGAGGUAAACAUGAACUGGCACUUCUAGAUCAAGGCACAGCUUAUGUUGGAUUCUUGUUCAAAACACUAAUAACAUUUCUAAUAUUGAUGUGUAUCAUGACUUUUUGUCCAACAUGCUAAUGUAUUCUUUACUUGGAACACAGACUCAAAGCAUAGUGAAAACUUUCAACCACAGAAAUUGAAGAGCUACAAACAGCAACCACAGUUGAGUAUUUUGUCUGUUUAGUAACUCACCUAGCAAAAUGAGUUGAACUCCUUAUUUAAUCAAAUUUCAUUUUUAGUUGCAACAAUGCAGAAGGAAUUAAGCACUUUCAGAUGUGUCAGUUUUAAAUACAACUUGUCUCAAGAUAAAUGCAACAAAAGGUUUAAGACUGAACUUUCAGUUCCCAGUGAAUUAAUUUAUAGGGAGCCUACUAUUUUUCUUCUGGUAUUGUCAAAUGCCUUCCCAUACUGCUUAAGAGAAACGAGUGGUGGGAAAAAGCAUCAAGCUUUUAUUUUAUUGAAAAUAAAUGCCAAUUUUCAAUUAGCUAAUAUGUAUGCCAGGAAAUGCAGUUACAAGAAGAGCUCAGAACGGACAGAUAAAUCAAGCUCUCCAACAUUGUACAGCAUUUGUUGUAACUGGAGAAACUGCUACUUCUUCCAGAGCAUCUUAGCUUGUUUCUAGGUUUAAGAAUACAUGGGGGACAUUAAUGCACAUGAAGAAAAGUUUUAGCUCUUUCCAAACUUGCUAAACAUCCUGGGGAAGGUGGGUGUUUUUCAGAACAUUUUAUCUCAAGCUCAAAAUAUACUUGACAACUGUUAUCUAUAAAUGCCAAUGUUUAUAAAUUCUGCAUUUCUGCCAUAGCUUGCAAGCUGGUGACUUAGUAGAAGCUACAUUUGUUUCAAUGGAGUGUUCUUUGUUGUUGCAAACUUGGAAGAAGGCUUGGUUUCAGUUAUUUUUUUUUCCUAUAACUGUCUUUUCAGCUGUUGACUUGUAUCAAGAGCACUUACAUCCAUUUUACACUGAAUGUGGUUUCAUGGCUGACCUUCUGGCUUGUCUUUCAAAUACAAUCUCUAGAGUAUAUAACAGAGAAGGGUUGUUAGUCUGUGGCAGUUAUUUAAGGUUGCUCUAUUAUGAGAUAAUGCUUGAUUAGUGUUUAUUUUUGUAAUUUAAGAAAUGUGACUUAAUUUAUCUACUCUUAGUCUUCACAUUUGAUACAUCUCCCCUUCCAUUCCCUUGACCUGAUCACUUUAGGAUUUUAAGGAGCCUUCACAUGAUGUGGAGUGACUAUUUUUCAUUGCAAACCUGCUAUUUUUGUAAUGCUGAUAGCUUGAAAAGAAUUUAUGGCUAGAAUUGUGUACUGUAAACUUAUUUUAUCAAUAAAGUAAAUACAAUAAAUA